CUCUUGAUCGAAGCUGUAGAAAAUCAUGAAGACAAUUUUAAUAUUUGCUAUUAUUUUAGUAUUUAGAAAUAAUGUUCAUAGUGCAAAAAUUCUGGGAGUAUUCCACGCAACGGCACGAAGUCACUAUAUUUUAGGCAGUUCUUUAAUGAGAGCCCUUGCCGAGAAAGGACACGAUGUAACAGUAAUCAGUCCUUUUGGUGAAAAAAAUCCCCCAAAAAAUGGCUCAUAUAGAGACAUAGUUUUGACAGGACUGGUUGAAGAACACGAUGAAAAAAUAAAAGAAAUAAACCCUUUUUCUAAAAACAAAAUGGGUAUUUUAAAAAUAGUAUCUAUGAUGGGCAAUAUGAUGAUAAAAAUGACUGAAAGUGCACUCAAUCACACAAACGUCGAAAAAUUGAUCCAUUCUGGCGAAAAAUUUGAUGUUGUUGUUGUGGAAGAGUUUCUAAAUCCAGCUCAUAAAGCCUUUGCCACACAUUUUGGAGCACAUCUUGUAUCAUUGAGCACAAUGGGUGCCAACAGUUGGAGUAACAGCUUUGUUGGGAACCCCACACCGCUCUCUUAUGUCCCCAAUCUUUUGCUUGGAUAUACCAACAAUAUGACGUUUUUGCAAAGAGUGCUCAACACUAUGUUUUAUGUAUUCCAUGAAGGACUUAAUUAUUUUUAUAUUUACCCUGCACAUCACAAACUUAUCAAGAAAUAUUUUCCUAACGGACCUGAUCUACAUGAUGUCCUGUACAACGCUUCAAUAGUACUGCUAAACUCUCAUACAAGCACAAAUCAACCGGUUCCCUAUGUCCCAAAAAUGAUUGAUAUUGGAGGAUUUCACGUGGCAAAACCGAAAAAAUUACCCAAUGAGUUGAAAACAUUUUUAGAUAAUGCCAAAAACGGUGUCAUCUAUUUUAGUUUAGGCUCUAACAUAAAAAGCAGCUUAAUGCCGGUGGAAGUGCGUCAAAUGCUUCUCACCACAUUUGCAAAACUCAAAGAGGAAGUGUUGUGGAAAUGGGAAGAAGAUGAUCUUCCCGGAAAACCUCCAAACGUCCAUAUAAAAAAAUGGGUACCACAACAAGAUAUUUUAGCUCACCCAAAUGUAAAAUUAUUCAUAACUCAUGCGGGCCUUUUGAGUACAAUUGAGACAAUUUAUCAUGGUAUGCCAGUUCUAGCAAUUCCAAUUGGUGGUGAUCAAAAUUUGAACGCAAAACAAAUUGUAAAUAAGGGAUUUGGACGUGCAAUCAGUUUUCAAGACCUGACAGAAGAAGCACUUACAGAAAAUAUAAACGAACUUUUGACAAAUCCAUCGUACCGACAAAAUGCCAAAACUAGAUCACAGAUUUUUCACGAUCGGCCUGUAACACCAAUGGAGACAGCUGUUUAUUGGAUUGAAUACGUAAUUCGAAAUGGAGGAGCCCCACAUUUAAGAGUUGGAGCUCUAGACUUGCCUUGGUACAGAUAUUUCCUCUUGGACGUGAUUGCAUUUAUAACAAUUUUAUCUAUUAUUGUUUUAUACAUAUUUUGUCAAACCAUAAAAGUACUAGUAAGAUGUUGCUUUCGCAAAAAAUAUCAAAAAGUAAAAACAAGUUAAAACACUAUUUUUAAUCUAAAAAUUAAAUUAAUUAAUUUAUGGAACGGCAAAAUGUAAAUAAAAAAAAGGAUCACCACUUUGUGGUUGAAACGCGUCGUGUUUGAAAUAAAAGUUUGGUGUGACUGGAUAAAUUGUUUUUGUAUAUCAUUCCAAUACUAUUAACAAGAUUUGUCAGUUUUAAAAGGAUUAUUAAAAAACAUAACAAACACUUGAAAGAGAUUUUUUUUCUUUUGUCUAAUUGUAUUAAUUUUUCAUUUUAAAGUGUUUGUUAUGUUUCCUAAUAAUCCUUUUACAACUGACAAAUCCUGUUAAUACUCUUGGAACCAGAAGUUGGCCUAAAGCCGAAACCGGUCGUUCCAAAUAAAAGAAAAAAGCCUGAGAAAGAUUUUGAUUUAUUAUUAUCUUCUAUUAUAAUAAGACUCAGGAACAUGGUCAUAACCAACAAUUAUAAAAAAUGUUGACAUUAAAUAAUGCCAAUUAUUUGAGAAGUGUAAAAAUUACAGAAGACAAUUUUUCAAUAUUUUUAGUAGGGUUUGUACUGGAUUAGGUAUGUAUUCUUAAUUGCAUUUUACAGGCGUUCAGGCGCAGGCUUUGUAAAGUUAUCUGAAACACUUUGUAUGUAUUUAGAUGAAAAUCAUGUUUAACUCAUAUUUAUAGGUAUUCAUGUUAGUAGUUUUCUAAAUAAAAAUAAUUUGAUUUUUUA